UCUUUGUCCACAAUUUUGCAUUUGCAACGCUCGCGCCAACUGCCAAAAAGCAGUAAUUUUACUUAUCGUCGCCAUUCUCCUUUUCUCAGGAAAUUGUUGUAGUUUUUUUUAGUUUUAGGUAUAUAAUUUCAAAUUUAAGUUUCAGAUCAUGGAUGACGAAUGGGACGAUGCUUGUGAUGUUGUUGUGCCGCCUCCACCAACACGACAAUACACAAAGUCUUAUGAUGAUGUUGACGAAGGUCACAGCUUGUCGCAGGGAAGAGGUUUUACAUCAUUUAUAGAAGAUGAAGUAAACGAUUUUGACAAAGGCAGCAAUGGUUUUGGUGAGCGACGAGGCCGUGGAGGCCGAGGUGGCGGCAGAGGGCGCGGGGGACGCGGAGGUCGGGGUGGCUUCAGGGAACGGGGAGACUAUGAAUCAAAUGGUGAUUACAACGAUAGAGGCGAUGGCGACAGAGGGGAUCGCGAGGAACGCGGUGAGCGUGGGCGCGGUCGGGGCAGAGGCCGCGGGGGCGGAGGCCGAGGUGGUGGCCGUGGUAGUGGGGAUGAAGCACCCGAAGGUGAAGAGGAGAAGAAAGCGCCAGUGACUUACGUGCCCCCAGAGCCGACGGAGAACGAGCAGGAGAUCUUUGGCAGCACCAUCAGCUCGGGCAUAAACUUUGACAAGUUCGACUGUAUUGCUGUUAAGGUAACUGGCGAAAACCCCCCAAGGCCUAUUGAUAGCUUUGAGACUGCCAACUUGAGGAAAUAUGUACUGGACAACAUCCUCAAGUCGGGAUACAGAAAGCCGACGCCAAUUCAAAAGCACGCCAUUCCUAUUAUCAUGGAUGGCAGAGAUUUGAUGGGAUGUGCCCAAACUGGUUCUGGAAAAACGGCUGCUUUCCUGCUUCCCAUUAUAAACACAUUGCUACAAGAUAACCGUGAAUUAGUUGUUGGAGAAGACAGAUGUGCUCAACCACAGGUUAUAAUAGUAUCGCCAACACGAGAACUUACACUGCAAAUAUUCAAUGAAGCUAGAAAGUUCUCAUAUGGGUCCAUUAUAAAAGUAGCCGUCGCAUAUGGUGGUACAGCAGUCCGCCAUCAAGGUGACCAAAUCUCUAAAGGCUGUCACAUCCUAGUAGCGACGCCGGGCCGUUUACACGACUUCGUCGAUCGCAACCGCAUCUCCUUUGAGAGCGUUCGUUUCGUGGUGCUUGAUGAAGCUGAUCGUAUGUUGGAUAUGGGUUUCAUUCCGUCCAUAGAGAAAAUGAUGGAUCAUGCCACUAUGGUGCCUAGUGAUAAACGCCAAACUCUCAUGUUCUCGGCGACAUUCCCGGAAGACAUACAACACUUGGCGGGGCGUUUCCUCAACAAUUACCUGUUCGUGGCGGUCGGUGUAGUCGGCGGUGCUAGUACAGAUGUCGAACAGAUAUUCCAUCAAGUUGCUAAAUACGAGAAACAGACUAUGCUUAAGAAACUCGUGGAAGAUAAUGAUGGCAAGCGUAUACUAGUGUUCGUAGAAACGAAACGCACGGCGGACUUCAUCGCGUCACUAAUGUCGGAACAACAGAUGCUGACGUCAUCGAUUCACGGUGACCGCAUGCAAAAGGAGCGGGAAGAGGCGUUGUACAACUUUAAGAGCGGCCGCCAUUGUAUAUUGGUGGCUACCGCUGUUGCUGCUAGGGGAUUGGAUAUUAAGAACGUGGAUAUAGUUGUAAACUAUGACCUACCAAAGAGCAUCGACGAGUAUGUGCAUCGCAUUGGCCGUACGGGACGUGUUGGUAACCGCGGCAAGGCUGUAUCAUUCUUUGAUGCUGAGAAGGACGCGGCGCUCGUAGCAGACCUGUCAAAGAUUCUGCGGCAAGCUGAACAACCGGUGCCCGAUUUCCUGCAAGGCGGCGGCCCUGCCACCUACAAGAGCAAUAAAUACGGCGGCAGCGAUAUCCGAAACUUCAACAACGUGAGCGCGCCCGUAGAGACUGGUCAGGAACCAGACGAGGAGUGGUAAUGGACGGCGCGUUAUUGUUACACUAUAUACAGUGAUUUUAUCUGUGCAACGUGUGGUGCAUGUACAAAUGUGGUGCUUGAGCUACAAAUUUGUCUAAUUGUGAACAUUCUACUCGAUAUUACUCAAGACUGUUACUGUGACAAGUAUUCUUAGUUAUAAGCUAAUCGUUAAGUUAAAACCACCAACAUCAAACUGCACAAGUCCAUCGAUUGUGAUACACACCAUAUGUUGUACUUAUUAGCAUAGAAGACCUUUUUUUUUCUCGUUUUUGUUUAUUUUUUACGUUUGUUAGGAGUGAUUUUAAGUUUCCAUUAUAGGCAUUAAAACUAAUUGUUAAAAUUACCAGAGCAUGGCGAUUAUUGUAUCUGUGAUGUGUUGAAAUUGCUCAUUUUGAAUUUAUUGAUAUUUCAAAAAUGUCAUCAUUGUGUUUGUUGCCGUGAAUCUCAUAGACACGCAAAUAAAAUACCUGCUUUUAAUGUCCCGCAGCGAACUAUUAGUGAUUUGAAGCUGUUUUAUUUUAAAAAUAUAUAUUUAGAUUAUCAUUAAGCGUACGUAAACUUAUCCUAACAUCCUUAGAGUACAAUGGGCCACACUUUCGCUUGUUAGCGAUUUCUUCCAUACAACCCACAUAUUUGUACAAAUAUAAACAAAAUCAUAGGUUUUAUAUAAUAUAGACUGUGAUGAUUACUAUAAGUAGAUUUGUCAAACGCCUAAAAGUUUGAUUGACUUAGAAGACCCCAGUGUGUCUACAUUAAAAUAAAAACAAAAUAUAACAUGCUUAUAUCGUCUUUUCGCAUGUGCGCGUAACUUGAUAAUAAUUAUAGUAACAGUAAGAAUAUAUUUUAUAGUGAUUACACUUCUUCUUUAUAAGCGUACAAACCCAACCCACUAUACAAUAUUGCACUAAGAUAUAUUUUUAAUUAUUCAUCUUUCACCAUAUGUACAAAGAAUCGCGUAAAAAUAUUUUGUAAUAAAAUUUAAAAUAAAUAGGUUAACUAGUAAUACAUCAAGUUACUCACACAUGCAUGCACCUGGAAAUGUCAAAAGUAUAAGCCACGUCAAUGGCAGGUAUUACCUAUGUAAAAGUCAGACCCUUUUCUGUUAGUACAAAAUAUUAUAUAUGUGUACUUGUUAUUACCAAUAAUUGACUAAGACACAAGUAAAUACAUAUAAUUAAUAAGAUAUAGAUUUAAGAUAUUUUUCUGUUUUGAGAGAAUACUUUAAUAAAAGUAUGAAUUAUGAA